UUUUCCUUCAAACAUCUCUUGUGCUUGCAGCUUUGAGACCAUACUCUUGGGGACUAGAUGCGAGGAGAAUUUGUAUCGCGCUGUUGAUGUCUUUCACUUUGGGCAAAAUUGUAUGUGGCUAUUGUUUUGUGAUGUUCUCGUGGAUGAGGAGUGGAGCGGGGGCAUCUUGAACACCACGAACUAUGAAGUUGGAGGAGAAGAAGCACAAGAAGAAGAACGUAAAGGAGAAACUGAAUACUGGGGGAGCUAGAGGCACCAAUGUGGGGAUUUAUGGAAACCCGUUUGUCUUUCACUCACCAGCCGGCAGUUUAAGUCCAUCUGUCUCCUUGAACGCAGCGAAUUUAUCUUGCUCCAAAGAUAACUUCUCCAUCACACAUUACCGUGAACCUUCCCCACCUGAUCAAGUAACUGUGUGAGGGACUACUAUACAGAAUCCCAAUAGUGAUACGAAAAAAAUUAUCCUGUGAAAUAUUUUAUUGGUGUUUGGACCACAUAGAAGUAUCAUCCCAGAAGGAUUUUCAGUCAAGACAAAGGGAUAGAAUGAUUGGAGCGAUGAAAGGAGUUUUCGCUGUGCUAUUCUUAGUCAUUGGCUGCAAUGCCCAAAGUCAGCGACCUGCCCAAGAUGAUCCGUGCAAAAUUAAAUCCAAAGUUGUUGGCGAUGUUCGGUACUGCGAUCGCUACUGGGAAUGUGUAAAUGAUCAGCCAGAGCUGUAUGACUGUCCCAAUGGUCUGGUCUUUGCUGGGAAACACCGUGGUGUGACUGAGGGAUGUGACUAUCCGUGGAGAUCAAAUUACUGCGAAGGCAAGGAACUGGCUAAUGGACCAAUUUCCACUGAAAACUGCGACUGGUUGUACGGAAUCUUUGGACAUGAAACCAGUUGCACUCGCUACUGGACAUGCUGGAAUGGAACAGCCACGGAACAGCUCUGCAUUGGUGGUCUGCUGUACAAUGAGAAUGCACACAGUUGUGACUGGCCAGAAAAUGUGGAAGGAUGCCAGAAGCACCCGCUCUGUAACGAUGAUCCAAACGGAAAUGUUCCUUUGGGCAAAUCCUGCAAUCGCUAUUGGCAAUGCCAAGGUGGCUAUCCGCGUCUUCAGAGGUGUCCAGCUAUGUUGGUGUUCGAUAGGAAUUCCCUGAGAUGUGUAGUACCACCAACGGAGGAUUGCGAUAUUCCAACGACACCUCCACCACAAGAAGGAGAUCUUCAGAAUGAGAAUGAACAGCACCAGCAUCCAGGAAAAAAUCCUCCGGGUCGUAGAAAUUAAUCAGAGGAUGAAGAAGAGAACAGGAGAAGCAACUAAAUAAGAAGUUUUGUUAAAUUAUGUAUCCUUCACUAUUUUUUUUCACUUCUAUUCAUCACCGGACGGAUACGACAAAAGAAAAAUCGACAAAAGUGAGUAAAAUGUACAAGAAAUUUCUUAAUAAGAGAAGAUACGAAAAAAAAAA